AUGGUCGGCCUGGUCCCCGCCGGCUCCGCCUGGGGGGUGAGAGCGCUCGCCGUCCUGGGCGUCACGCUGCUGGUGGCCCUCGCGCGCGGCCUCCUCCCCUUCUUCCUCGGGGGCCGGGACCUCCUGUGGGGACAGAGCGGAGAGGCCAGUGUCCUCGGCAUCGUGGAGGAGAGCCGGCGCGUGGUGGACGGCGCCAUCCAGCACACCGGGAGGAGAGACCUCAGCAAGAGGGGGCUCCCUUCCCCGUCGCAGCUUCUGUCUUUUUCCAAACUCCCCGAGCCGACCAGCCGAGCCGUCUCCCGAGCGGCGGAGAUCAUGGAAGCCUCCGUGCAGGCGGUGAGGACGCGGGUCUACGGGAAGCUGGGGCGAUCCCGGCCUCUCACCGACACGCUGCCCGAAGCCGUGCUGGACACGAUUGCCAACGCGUCCGGGUGCCGGCCCCACAUGCUGCCCCCCAGGUGCCCGGACACCUGCCUGGCCCGCAAGUACCGGCUCAUCACGGGCGCCUGCAACAACAGAGACCACCCCAGGUGGGGAGCCUCCAACACAGCGCUGGCGAGGUGGCUGCCGCCCGCCUAUGAAGACGGCAUCAGUGAGCCCAGAGGGUGGAACCCCCACGUCCUGUACAGCGGCUUCCCACUGCCCCCGGUGCGGGAGGUGACCAGACAGGUUAUCCGGGUCCCCAACGAGGCCGUCACAGAGGACGACCAGUAUUCGGAUCUCCUGACGGCGUGGGGCCAGUACAUCGACCACGACGUCGCGUUCACACCGCAGAGUGCCAGCGGAGCGGCGUUCGGGGCGGGAGCUGACUGCCAGCUGACGUGUGAGAACCGGAGCCCGUGUUUUCCCAUCCAGCUGCCCCCCGACGCCUCGGGGCCCGCCUGCUUGCCCUUCUCCCGCUCCUCUGCCGCCUGCGGCACCGGGAUCCAAGGCGCCUUCUUCGGCAACCUGAGCUCGGCCAACCCGCGCCAGCAGAUGAACGGGCUGACGUCCUUCCUGGACGCGUCCACGGUGUACGGCAGCUCCCCGGCCUUGGAGAAGCAGCUGCGCAACUGGACCAGCGCCGAGGGGCUGCUCCGCGUCAACGCGCGCCACUGGGACGCCGGCCGCGCCCACCUGCCCUUCACGCGGCCGCCCGCGCCCGCGGCCUGCGUGCCCGAGCCCGGCACCCGCGGGACGGCCGGAGCGCCCUGCUUCCUGGCGGGGGACAGCCGUGCCAGCGAGGUCCCCACUCUGGCGGCCCUUCACACGCUGUGGCUGCGCGAGCACAACCGCCUGGCCUCGGCGCUCAAGGCUCUCAACGCUCACUGGAGCGCGGACACCGCCUACCAGGAGGCGCGCAAGGUGGUGGGCGCCCUGCACCAGAUCAUCACCUUGCGGGACUACGUCCCCAAAGUCCUGGGCCCCGAGGCCUUCCAGCAGCACGUGGGCCCCUACGAGGGUUACGACCCCACCGUGGACCCCACCGUGUCCAACGUGUUUUCCACGGCCGCCUUCCGCUUCGGCCACGCCACGGUGCACCCGCUGGUGAGGCGGCUGGACGCCCGCUUCCAGGAGCACCCCGGCCUCCCCCCGCUGCGGCUGCAGGACGCCUUCUUCAGCCCCUGGAGGCUCCUCAAGGAAGGCGGCCUGGACCCCGUGCUGAGGGGCCUUCUCGCGAGCCCCGCCAAGCUGCCGGUGCAGGGGCAGCUGGUGAACGAGGAGCUGACCGAGAGGCUGUUCGUGCUGGGCAGCUCGGGCAGCCUGGACCUGGCGUCCAUAAACCUGCAGCGGGGCCGGGACCACGGCCUGCCAGGUUACAACGCGUGGAGGGAGUUCUGCGGCCUGGGCCGGCUGCACACGCGGGCCGAGCUGCGCUCCGCCGUCGCCAACGCCACCCUCGCCGGCCGGAUCCUGGACCUGUACGGGCACCCGGACAACAUCGACGUCUGGCUGGGCGGCCUGGCCGAGCCCCUCCUCCCCCGGGCGCGCACGGGCCCGCUGUUUGCGUGCCUCAUCGGGAGGCAGAUGAAGGCUCUGAGGGACGGAGACCGGUUCUGGUGGGAGAGCAGCGGGGUGUUCACCGACGAGCAGCGGCGCGAGCUGGCGAGGCACUCCCUCUCCCGGGUCAUCUGUGACAACACGGGCCUCCCCAGCGUGCCCGCGGACGCCCUCCAGGUCGGCAGGUUCCCACAGGACUUUGAGCCGUGCGAGAACAUUCCGGGUCUGAACCUGGACGUGUGGAGGGAGGCCCUUCCGCAAGGCGACGCCUGCGGCCUCCCCGACGGCGUGGACAACGGGGACGUCGUGCUCUGCGGCGAGGCCGGGCAGCGCGUGCUCGUCUUCUCCUGCCACCACGGGUUCGAGCUGCAGGGCCCCGAGCAGGUGGCCUGCUCCCCCCGGGGCGGGGCUGUCCGGGCCCCCGUGUGCAGAGAUAUCAACGAGUGUGAAGACGCGAGCCACCCCCCCUGUCACAGGUCGGCCCGGUGCAGGAACACCAAGGGUGGCUUCAGGUGUGAGUGCACAGACCCUGCGGUGCUCGGGGAGGACGGGACGACGUGUGUAGACUCCGGGAGGCUCCCGAAGGCGUCCUUGGUCUCCAUCGCGUUGGGCAUCGUGCUGGUCGUCGGCCUGGCGGGGCUCACCUGGACGCUGGUUUGCAGGUGGGCACACGCAGGCCGCAAAGCCUCACUGAGCAUCGCGGAGUCGGGCGGAAGAGGAGCCCCCCCGCCGGGCCGUGGAGCGGGCCAGGACGGCGCCUCUGGCAGCCUGGUGCCCCCCCUCGGGCCGCAGGGCAGGACACAGGCCGUGGGCCCCACAUCCAGUGGGAGCCACGUGGCACAGGGAAGCCCGGCGUGA